UUAAUAUUGCCAUAUGCAUAAUAUUGCUUUUUAUUAGCAUAAUACAAUGGAUAAGACAUACAUUAAUGAUAAAUAACUCUAAUAUUGAACCAAUUCUAAUAUAUUCUAUAGAAUAACUCUAGUUUUGGCUAAAUCUAAAUCUAUAAAGUUAGCUAACGAUAGCGUAACAACCGGAUGUUGUUAAUUACCUUCAAAAUAAAAGAUAUAUUGCGAAAUAAAACUCCUUUAUAAAUACAGUCAAAUAUUGCUAUAUGCAUAAUAAUGCUUUUUAUUAGCCUAAUACAGUGGGGAAAAACAACCAUUAAAUGAUUAAUAACUGAGCAACUAAAAUGAAUUAUGUUUACAUUAGCAUAAUUUUUUUUUAGCUAAUUUGAUAUCACUAAAUAAUCCACGAAAUUGUUGUAUUGUUGCAUUAUAUAUACAUUUUGAUAAUUUUCACUUACCCAUUUGAGAGGUAGUCGGAUAAAAAGGGACUUUGAGAAACUAAACAAACACACAUUUUACGCCAACGGAUCUGAAAAUAAAGUUAAACGUGUCCUAACGGUUUUUAACGGUCGGUUUGAGCAGCCGUUAAAACAGCAGAGAACAGAGAGGUGGAAAUAAAGCGUGUGAUACAGCAGGGCCGUGUUUGACAGAAAUAGUAAAGUGGUAGUGUCUUUUGUAACAAAAUGUGCUCCUGUACACCCACCAGCAGCUCCGUCUCUCAUCAGCUGUUGGAGGAUGUUGCCUCGGAGGCAGAUAUGAUGUAAUCCAAAGCUCCAGUCCCGACCAGCAGAGAGAGGGAGAGACAGCAGGAUAACAGCCGCACCAUACGGAUGGAUCUCUGCUGCUUUGGCACUUUGUGAAACACAUCUGAAAAACCCUUCAUCGGAGCGGAUCGACUCAGCGGUUCCCUGGUUGUUAAAGGAGUCAUGUCGCGGAGGUUUUGCCCCUCCAGACGAAGAGGAUGCUGGAUGCGGACCAGCAGUAGGAGCAGCACCGGCCGGGGAUGCUGCUGCUGCUGGUGAACUUGGCUCCCCCUCCACAUCAGCUGUAAUUAACCACCAUGGCUCACGAGUCCUCUCCCGCAGCUGCUCCGACAUCCUCUGUGUGAAAAUGGCUCGCACUCCGCCUCCAUCGUCGACAUCGGUCCGCCCUAGCUGUCGCCUUUUCGCCCGUGCUGACAGGAGGGCGCCUGCUUCAGAUCUCCACACUUGCAGGCCCUUUGUGUCCGCUGCUCUGGAUCACAUUAUCACCUAUGAUAGGAGCAUCUGAGCUGCUGUGGGUGCUUGUAUGCCGCAAAUUCACCUCUUACCAGCAUCGAUUUUUCUCUUACAACAGAUAUUUUUGCAGGAAAUGGGCCGCGUCCACUGGUGCACCUGCCCUGCUGGGGUCUGAGUUUGAUGCUUUCCUGACCCUGCAUGCCACUAUGGCUCUGUGACUAAGCUAUACUCUUUCUUUUGGGACAUUUUCCUGGCUUUGCUCGCCUCUGCACAGCUCCAUGCAGUAGUUGCCCUGCGGGGGGGAAUGAGCAGCCUCCAUCCCUCCAGCAGACGCCUGCCCGCCGCUGCUGCUGCUGUCCACCGUGUGGCCCUGUGACUUCACACGGGUGUGGAGGUCCUGACAACCAUAAAACGUGGAGGGUGGGGACGUUUGCCUUUCCAGCUCAGGUUUAAACCAUGGCCAAUGAACCUGUCAUCCUUAACGUGUAUGAUAUGUACUGGAUAAACGAAUACACUUCCAAUCUGGGGAUUGGAGUCUUCCACUCAGGCAUUGAGAUUUAUGGCAGAGAGUUUGCAUACGGGGGCCACCCGUACCCUUUCAGCGGCAUCUUUGAAAUCAAUCCCGGGAACGCCGCUGAACUGGGAGAGACAUUCAAAUUCAAGGAGGCCAUUGUUUUGGGUACGACAGAUUUCACAGAGGAGGACAUAGAUAAAAUCAUGGAGGAGCUGGGUAAAGAGUUUAAAGGCAACGCCUACCAUCUAAUGCACAAGAACUGCAACCACUUCUCCUCCUCGCUGUCUGAGUUGCUGUGUGGACGGGAAAUCCCUCGCUGGGUCAACAGACUGGCGUACUUCAGCUCCUGCAUCCCUUUCCUGCAGAGCUGCCUACCCAAGGAGUGGUUAACCCCGGCCGCCCUGCAGAGCCACAUCAGCCUCGGCCUCCACAAAGAGGAACACAACGAGUCCAGUGACGAGGACCCUUCGUCACCGCCCGGAGCGACCGCCACCGGCUCCUCCCACAGCUGUCGCCACACGAGGGUGUGAACUGCCCAAAAUACACUGACCUCUGGACCUCCCUGCCAUCUCUGCUAGUGGCUCAAGUGGCAUUAGUAGGCUUGAACAACCAGCUGACCUCAUACUGUUUGUCCUCUGAGUAAAGAGGCAGGAAAAGAAGACUUCACCUCUUCAUGAAACGAGCUGCUGCCAGAGACUUCAGACCUACAGAGACCCUGCCCGUCCUUUCUACAGACGUCAGGACGACGAACUUUGACGUGAGCGCUGAAGUGUGGCUCAGACUCCAUAACAACCACUUGUAGAUCUGAAGUUUGUAGUUCGUUAUUAUUAGUCUUUUCCAUGAACUUUUAAACCUUUGUCAGCCUUGUUCCCUGCCCUGCCUUCAGAGCUGCUUUUGUAGAAUAACUAGACACCUGAGGCUACUUAUAGUGACGUUACCAGGAAAACCGCUAACCUGCUCAACUUCAACAAGUUCUCGUUCAAUAACCUCUCUGUGGCCUUCAGUUGAUAUCAUUGACUCUGCUUCAUUGUGUGGAACUGUAGUAGUUAACUCUGGCCAUUUUAGAGGGUUUAAAGAGGAUUUGAUUGUUCCUCGAGUUUAGUCCGAACUCGUAAAAAUGUUGCAUGUCGAAAGAACAGAAGCUAAGCUGAGACUCCACACUUCUUAUCAAUCAAGUAUUCCUCCUCCUUUUCCUUUUAUAAAACAACCGAUCCAACCUGGGACUCGUCUUAAACCGUAAACUGGCUGCCAGCGUAACCAGUUCCUAACAAACAAUCAAGGGCAAAUACUGUUCAGUUUAAAUAGUCGCUGUUCACACAGCUGCUGGCAGCCCACUCACAAUCUGUGAACAUCUCAGAGACACAAACACAAAGAAAGCAAAGCUGCUACACUGACAAUUAUUGACUUUGUGACCCACUACAAUUUUUGUCUACGCUUUUAUAUCCAAAUGGUCUUUAUAUGAUAAUGGUGCGAUAACUUCCAGGCUUGGAAAUGUACAUUUACACCCGGAGAAUGUUCCUCUGUGAUACUGGUCUUAUCACCUUUUUCAACAUUUAAACCAAUCACGACUGAGCAGCCAUGAGAAAGGAAAGCAGAAAAUCAGUAUUCUCCUUUAAAGUACGAUCCUUAAAGCAAUAGUUUCUACAUUUUGGGAAAUAUACUUAUUUGCUUUCUUGCAGAAAGUUAGAUAAAAAGAUCAGUACCAUUUUAACAACCACAGAAUAGGUCGAUUUCCACUGACUUCAAAAACAACAUAUAUGACGUCCCACUUGUUCCGGCUUUAAACAUGUACUUAACAUUAUGAAACGAUCACAGUUGCGCUAUGAAACAAUGUUAGGUGGGUUUAGGCAACAAAGCUAUGUGAUUAGGUGUGGAAAAACCGUCAUGGUAUAGCUUUGAAUAAGUACUUUUGUCACGUCGCAUAUGUCACUAGCGUAGUUUGCUGCCCCCAUACUGGCAUAAUACGCUACGUCGUCAUUAAAAGUAGUCAACGCUGAUUCCUGGUUGAAAGUCCUGUGCUUGUUUGACCAAUCCGCCACCAAUCCCGUCUACGCUACAGGAACUUCCUCCUUUUUUUCACAAGAUUAUGCAGACUUUGAGGCUUUUUAUGCUACGUCACCUUACUUACUCCUCCAUUCCCGUAAUAAUAAUUACUACAGCCACUAGAAGGCGCCAUCUUACAAUAAACUUAACUAAUGCUGCAAUUAUGUUCUCCUCGGAUGGUCCCAUUUCCAGAGUUGGCAAGACGUUCUUCCGAAUUUGGUUAUUCACGAGUCUAAAGCCCAGUUCAAAGCAAAGAUUCACAAAGAGACGAAAAAAAAAGUUGUGGCGGUGUGAACCGGCUGUCUGAACUCGUCUAAAGUCGGCUGAUGGUGUCACCUGCAACUCAACUGGUCAAAUCACUAGCAAGUGGUUUUAGAACGUAAGGAUCGUCACCGCUUUCAACAGCCAAUUGGCUUGCUACAUUCUCUUUGACUGAUUAAUUGACCCUGGUUAUUUAUAUUAUUGUGGCAUAUUUAUCAUGGAUACAGUCCAUCUGAUGCUCGUUUUGUUUCUGUUUUUCACUGUUUCAUCACUACUACAAAUGCAGCUGUAGCCAGUAUCUCACUGUCACUAUCCUCAUUCAUAUUGUAAGAAUCUUCAAAUUAUAUUCAGCCACAAAAUAAACCCGAAAAGCUGGAAAUCAGAACAGAGGUACAGAGUUGUUGCAUAGAGAUGAUACACCAUCUCAUCUAGUUGCAUUGGUGUGAACCGGCAGGUUUUUAGGACGUUGCAGAACGGCGCAUUGGAAGUAGUUGCCUUUUUCAACUCGUCUCGUCAUGAAUCUUUGGUCUGAACUGGGCUUUAAGUCAUAAUGUGAAAACAAUAUGGACGCCACACAGAAGAUGUGUACAAAGUGAUUUCAUCCCAGACUUGUUGCUGCACCAGUAUGUCCCCUUAAACUACUUAAAUAUUGCUUUACCUGACUAAUGCUAAUGCAUAACUCUUCUAACUGAUCUAGGUCAGUCUAGAUCUACAGGAACUGUCAGUUACAACCUGAUACCAUAUUGCAAAUUAUAUGUGAGCAAAUAUUAACGUGCAACAUGUGAAUUGAUUAAGUUUAUUAUGAUAAACUAAACAUUUACUUUUGUCCACCAUGUUUUUUGCGUGAUAUGACAUCAAUCUGGCAACUUGGGUACCAAAAUUUUCGCCUAGUUAAUGAGAUGUUGUUCCGACUUGGGGGGCUUUCACAUGAAUUUAUCCAUUUUCCCGAUUAUUCCAACGUCACAAUAAUGCAAGGUAAGAGUUGUAAUAAGCGGCGUGCACAGUCAAUCUAUAGGAACGUUUUUUCAGCAAAAGUGGGCAGCAUUUUAACGUCCAUUCAGUAAAUAUGAAACUACAGCCACCAGUUGCUAGCUUAGCUUAGCAUGAAGACUAGAAGCAGGGGGAACAGCUAGCCUGGCUCUGUCCAAAGGUAACAAAAUCCUACCAGCACACAGACAGUUCACCAUUUAACACCUCAAAUCUCGUUUGAAAGUUAAGUGUAAAAACAACAAUUUGACAGAUGAUUGUUUUUUUAUCUUUGGACAGAGCGGAGCUCGCUAGUUCCCUGUGUCCAGGCUAAGUUAAGCUAACUGACUGCUACGUGAAGCUUCAUAUUUAUCCAACAGGCAUGAAUGGUAUCAAAAUUCUCAUCUAACUCUCAGCAAGAAAACAAGUGAAAGUAUUUCCUCAAAAAAUCAAACUUUUCCUUUAAGACAGUAUUCUUAUGUUUGGUUUAUUUCAACUGUGAACUGAACUGUGAUGUGUUUACAGAUACGAAGCAUGUUAAUCAUCGUUAACAGACCUUUUUAAGAAGUGACCUCUGAGGUUUUGUUGCAGUGAGAAUGUCAGAUACUCAUAAAGGGAAAAUAUGAUGUCAUAAAGUUAUUGUGGUUUUAGGUUAAAUGCAGGUAAACAACCCCAUUAAUGACUAUUUUCCCUCUGCUAUCGAUGAUGGUGGUGAUUAUAAUGAUUAUAAUGACAAACAUCGGCUCCUGGUUACUCAUUUAAAUUCAUGUCACUUGCUUUUUUUAAAAUACAAAGCUCAGUGAACAUGUGAUUUAAUCUUGUCCCAUCCCUCCUGCUGUAGUGUGUUCAUGGACAGCUCCCCUUUCUCAGGAAGGAAAUCACAUGACUUGUAACAGUGACCGCCAUCUCACUCCUGCUGAACACUUUGUUAAACGGGGUUGAAAGUGCAAAUGAAUCAUUUGACUUCUUCGUCAUGUUCUUAAAUAAGCUACAUUCUUAUUUAUUUUCGGUGUAGUCUUACAUUUCACCAAGUGUACUGUGUUCAGACUCUUUGGUAUAUUUUGAGUUGACAGGAGCUGUACAGUGAUCAGUAAUCCAUGCUCAAAAGUCUCCGGCACUUUCUGCAGAGCAGACCAGACAGGUAUUUUUUUCUAUUGUUCUGUAUCAACCAUAACCCUGUAUUUCCUUUUCCUAACCCAAGACAAUUUCAAGAAUGAAGAUAUAGUACUAGAAUAAAGAGACAGAAUAACGCAGGAGUGUUUUGUUUCUUCUGUUGUAGAAUAUGGGUAAUUUUAGACAAUAUAAAUUUGUCAACCAUUACAGAUUUUGCCAUGGUUUUAUACACCAUGAUUAACAUCUCUGGGUGUAUUAGGCUAUACUGGAUUUUAUAUGACUUUCAGCAUAAAUAUGAUGAAGACAGAU